UCCUGGGGAUCCCAGAUCCUGGAGGAUCAGGAUUCUGAAGAUCCCAGAUCCUGGAGGAUCCAGCUCCUGGGAAUUCCAGCUCCUUGGGGACCCGUCAGAAUGGAUGUGGGGCCAGGGGUGGCACCUCGGUGGCCGUGAGCCGGACCCCGAGGAGAUCCUGCACAGCCUCGGCUUCGUGGGGAGCGACCCGGGGGUCGCGUCCCGGGUCCCCCCCCGCUUCUUCUCGGCCCCGUCCCGGGCCAGCGGCAUCGACCUGGGGCUGUUCCUGCGGGCGCAGCUGCGGCGCCGGGAGAUGGAGGAGCCCGGCCUGGCGCUGGCCAGUCGCUUCCAGCAGCUCCGGGCCCUUCCUGCCACGGCCGACGCCUCCUCCCGCCUCUGCUCCCGCCUGUCGGGGACCCCCCCGCAGCGCACGGGGCCCCCCCGGCCCUAUCGCGACAUCCCCGACAGCCCCCGGGGAGCGCCUGGAGCGCGCGGUGUCCUCGCUGUGACACCACGGGGGGGGGAAAGGGGACAUCCCUCGGGGGGCCCGGGGGGCGACCCUCGGUCCGGGGGGGGCUCGGGAAGGACUCGGGGGGCUCAGGAAGGACCUGGGGGGCUCAGGAAUGACCUGGGGGGCUCGGGAAUGACCCCGGGGGUUCGGGAAGGACUCGGGGGGCUCGGGAAUGACCUGGGGGGCUCGGGAAUAACCUGGGGGGGCUCAGGAAGGGCCUGGGGGGGCUCGAGAAUGACCUGGGGGGCUCGGGAAGGACUCGGGAGGCUCAGGAAGGAUUCGGGGGUGCUCAGGAAGGAUUCGGGGGGGCUCAGGAAGGACCCGGGGGGCUCAGGAAGGGCCUGGGGGGCUCAGGAAUGA